ACGUUUGAAAUCACAACUUUUUUGCAUCCAGUCUAAGCAUCUAAAUGAUACAGAUCAACACAAUUUUGCCACAAAUCAACACAAUCUGAAGCAGGAUUUUGGCUACCUGUCACUGCUUCUCGACAUAUUUUGACUCUAAGAUAUAUUUAUAUACCACAUCAAUGCACUCAAAGUGUUAUGCUGUUUAAAAUUAGUUUUGGAAAUUGAUAAUGUCGAUAUUUGUUUGUUUUGUCGUGUUGGCAUUUUUGUCAACAAGCAGUGGUAUUAAAUACAAGGAUAAUGAUAAGGUAAAACUUUAUGUGAACAAAGUUGGACCAUACUUCAACCCUCAUGAAACAUACCAUUACUACCAGCUACCAGUCUGUAGACCAAAAAAGAUAGAACACAAGAGUUUAACAUUAGGAGAGGUUUUAGAUGGAGACAGAAUGGCUUUAUCAGAAUAUGAUAUUCGGUUUACACGUGAUUCAGAUAAGAAAGAAUUGUGUAUGGUGACUUUUACAGAACAAGAUUUACAAUUAUUACGGGAUGCUAUUGAAGAUCUCUAUUACUUCGAAUUUGUUAUAGAUGAGAUACCAGUUAGAGGUUUUAUAGGACAUUUAGAGGAAGGAGGUUUUCUGCCUCAUAAUCACAAGGUUUUCCUGUGGGCACAUCUCAACUUCAACAUAGAAUAUAAUGGAAAUCAGGUUAUAUAUGCCAAUGUGACAACCAAAGAACAAGCACCUGUCAGUUUGGAUGGAGUUACUGCCCCUUAUGAAGUUGUAUUCACCUACAGUGUGAAAUGGAUGAAAACAAACAUGGCUUAUGAUGAUAGAGCUAAGAGAGUACGAGAUAACAGCUUCUUCCCAAAAACAUUGGAGAUUCAUUGGCUGUCCAUUAUUAAUUCCAUGGUGCUAGUCUUUCUCCUCAUUGGUUUUGUUGUAAUUAUACUGACACGUGUUUUAAAAAGUGAUUUUGCCAGAUACAAUGUGGAUGAAGAAGAGAGUGAUGAUAUUGACCAGGAAGAUAAUGGCUGGAAAAUUAUACACAGUGACGUCUUCAGAUUCCCUUCUUUUAAAAGUCUCUUUACAGCUAUACUUGGGGUUGGUAGCCAGUUUUUAGCCCUUGCCACCGGUAUCAUGGUGAUGGCUGUAUUAGGAAUGUUUAAUGUCCACCAUCAUGGAUCUAUCAACUCAGCAGGAGUGAUACUGUAUGCUUUUACAUCAGGCAUUGCAGGUUAUGUUGCAGCUAACAUGUACAAAGUUUUAGGGGGAGACAACUGGGUAUGGAACCUCAAUCUCACUUCCUGUUUAUUUGCUGCGCCAUUUUUCAUGGUAUGGGCAUUUGUGAAUUCUGUUGCCUGGGGUUAUGGUACAACGCAAGCUUUACCUUGGCAGACAGUUGUAUUACUAAUGUGUCUGUGGGUAUUUGUUGGUUAUCCAUUAACUAUUAUUGGUGGAAUCUUUGGUAAAAAUUGGGCCACAGGAUUUGAUGCACCUUGCCGCACAAAGAAUUUCCCCCGAGAGGUCCCUAGUGUUCCGUGGUACAGAUCAUCAUUUGCACAUUGCAUUGUGGGAGGAUUUUUGCCAUUUAGUGCUAUAUCAGUGGAGUUGUACUAUAUAUUUGCCACAUUAUGGGGACGAGAGCAGUACACACUGUACGGUAUCCUAUUCAUUGUGUACGGUAUAUUGAUCAGUGUGACUGCCUGUAUAUCAAUAGCACUGACCUACUUCCAGCUCUCAGCCGAGGACUACCGAUGGUGGUGGAGGUCUAUAUUUAGUGCUGGGUCCACAGGAUGUUUUGUCUUUCUGUAUGCCAUGUUCUACUACUUCAAGAGAUCCAACAUGUCCGGUGCCCUGCAGACAAUCGAGUUUUUCGGCUAUACAUUUCUCACAUGUUACGUUUUCUUCCUUAUGUUGGGAACAGUAUCAUUUUUUGCAUCAUUGAAUUUUGUUCGAUAUAUUUAUGUCAACUUGAAGAUGGAUUGAUGCUGAUGUCAGAUUUGAUAUUUAUUUUUUCAUAUUGUUAUGAUUAUUCCUUAUGUAUUAAAAGGAGGGGGUAUGAUAAGGGCCAUUGUUUGGUCCCUGAAAUUGCAUUUUGAACAUAUUUAACUUAAAACGAAUCACUUAUGCUUAGUUUAGGACCAGAUAGAUAUAACAAACAGCUGUACCCAAAAAUAUUUUACAUAUAUAUUAGCAUCUGUGUAAAAUACGUCUUGUUCAAAAAUAUCUUUCAAGAAAAAGCUUUUGCUGGUAUCUUACAAGUAACGAAAAGAUCUUGAAAUGAGAUUUUUUGGGCAACUUAUACAGUUUUGCACUUAAUUCAGGAUUUUGAAGGAAAUAUUCCAGACACAAUUAAAAUAAAUAUAAAUACUUAUCAAUGUCUGACACACUAAUGUCUUAUGAUCAUCUGAAUGGAGGAUCUGAUUUUGUAGAUUUUUCAUACUUUCAUUUUUGAAUUCAAGGGACCAAAAAAAUGGCCCUAUUACAUUUUCUUCUUUUGGAUAAACUUGUCACAGUUAGUUGCCUUAUAUCGUUAUACACAAAAUAUUUUUCAAAAUAUCACAUAUUCUGCCUUGGAAUUGUGGGUAGCAAAUAUAUCAAAGGGAUAUAAGACAUCUAUCUAUGACAAUUUUAUCACAAUGCGGGACUAAUAUUAAAUAUAUUGGAAACAAUUUUGUUGUGGAUCUUUAUUUUUCAAUUGUUUUGUACUGUACUAUAUGUUUUCUGGUGUUUUUGUUUCUUGCCUAGUAAAUUAAAGCCUAAAUACAUUGUAGAACUUCAUUCCUCAUGAUUUUAUUUCAUUUUUUUUCUAGCGUUUAUUUGUAAUAGACUCGAUAAAUAAACAAAAAAUCUUUACAUUAAAGUAUUGUACAAGUAGAUGUAUGAUCUAGAAAAAUAGUUGUUUAAUCUAGUAUGUAGAUUUCAGUUUGUUAGUAAAGGCAAGAAUUCUCCCUAUAGAAAGGGAGAUAACUUUUGUUAAACUUAUAACAAUUUUAUAAAUUAGUCCUGUUUGUAAUUUACUGGUGAAAAAACUAUAUUUUUAGGGUUAUUAAUGCUUUAUAUAAGUGGUGUGAUAUAAUGCGAUAGAGUGUUUGUUUAUGAGUUUGUUGAAUUUUGUUUUGUUAUUUUGAAAGUGUUUUUUUUGUGUAUAUACUAAGGGGAGACAAUCGUUGUGUUUUGGUAAAAAAAAUAUAGCCUGUAUAUGAUUACAGUAUCAUAAUCUUCUUACAUUUUUUUUUUUAUCUUUCUAUCAUUUAAUAUUGUAAAAAAUACAAAAAACUUAUUGUACGUAAGUCACAAGGAAAUAAUAUGUUAAAAAUGGAAAAAAAAUAUUUGUAAAAGAAAAAUGUUGUACUCAACUUGUAUGUAAUGCACCUAAAAAUACAGAUUUUAUAUACAAUGACAAAAUUUUACAAAUCAACAUAUCACUAUAUUUAAAACAAUGCAUCAUGGGAAUUGUGAUUCAAAUUCCAUAAUAUUAUUUUUUUGCAUGUUUGUUGUAUAAUUUUGGCUUUCAUGUACAUUUAAAUUACAAUGAAAUUUUUUAAGUAAGACAUUUGAAUCUUUUCAAAACAAAGUGCACCUGAUGCAAGUUAAAAAAAAUAUAAAUCUUGCAAUUUUCUAACAUUCCUCAGUUAAUUUUAAUUGAUUUCUUUUUUCCUAGUGUAUAUUUUUUUUUUACAUCAAAUGUGAUAUAUUGAGAACAAUGAUUACCGAGUGUCAUUUUAAAUGAAGCAGAUUUUUUUUCAAUAUUUUUUUGAAUUUUUGAAUUUCCAACUUCUUUUCUGUGAUGUGAGAUUGAAAGUUGUAUGGGAGAAAGACUAUACACAUUAUUCAUUCAAAUCAAAUAUUGUUAUGUAGAUUAAGAAAGUUCAGAAUGGCGAGUGCUUCAUGUAUAUAUUCUGCUUGCAUGGUAUGACAGUUUAAUAGAGGGAGCAUCUCAAAGUGUAAUUGUAAAUCUUAGAAUGUCACAAAUAUUUAAUAUUAGUCAAUUGAGAUAUUCAACCCAAUGUUAAAGACAUCAAUUUUAUGUGAUUUAAAUCAUUUAAAACUGAUAUUCAUGGAAAAAAGAAAUUUUAAAAAAUACAAGUGGGGAAAAAUUAUUUUCUGAAAUAUAAACCACAGCUCACUCAGCAAAGGCCAGUAGGUGAAAGGCUUCUUAAAAAGUUUUUUAAAUUGCAAUAAUGAAAAAUAUGCUAGCUGUUGUUCUAAUUCUCAAUGUUUUGUAUGUGAUUCAAAUUCCAUAAAAUUGUUUU